CGAACAGAUGUAGCAUUCUUCUAUAGCCCUAAAAGGAUUUUAAGAUAUACGCAGAUGCUGUUGAACAGGACUUUGUUUACCAUCAAAUGCUACGCUAAUCUUUUUCUUCUCAUGUGUGAAAAACAACAAUUUUUGCGAAAUUUCAUUCCACUUUUGUGGUUGCCAUACAAAUAUGCCACUGAAAUGUGGAUUUGGAUAAUGAUAACGAGUAUUCCACUAACACUGGAAUGCAUCUGGCCCAUUGUUGAUGCUCUCUUUGUCAUUGAUGGCCAAGCAAAUGUUGGCAUUAUCAAUCAUGAACUUAUAAAAAAAUUCGCCUAUAAAAUUGCUCAGCAAAUGCCUAUUAGUCAAUCUAACAGCCAUGUCGCUCUAGCACAAUAUACUCCUUUGACUGAACUUCAGUUCAGUUUGAUUUCGGGAACAUCACAAAGUGAAAUUGAAAGCACACCAUAUGUUCCGUGCAGGGCACAAAAUACAAGUUUGAACAGUAUUGUAAAAAUGGGACUUAAUUCAGCUUCAGGAAACAGACAGUGGAUCCCUGAUGCAGUCAUUGUGAUCUCAUCAGAAAAAAAUAAUAUAAAUGAAGUGAAUAAUCGAGAAAAUUUAGUUGCACCAAUUUCUCCUAUUCAUAUUUUCUUGAUCACCAUUGGUAGCCUUGAUGAUCCUUUAUCGACGAUUAACAAAUUUACAUCAGCAGCUACUACACUCACCUUCUCAGCGAUCAGUUACGAAACUCUUCCGAAGCUGAUUAAACCAAUUUGUCAAAGCGCAAACGAUUUCAUUCGUACGUUUGAUGUUGGAUUUGCGAUCGCUAUAAUCGUUUUAAUUUUACUCUUUCUACUAUCACUUCUUUUGCUUUAUGCUCUUUACCAAUUUUGGCAUGAAAGUAAGCACUGCAUUGAAUCCAUUCGCCAAAAAUUUUUGAAAUUUGUUGUAAUGAAAAUGAAUUUAUAUACUUCGUUUCCCCUAAAAUUUCCCAAAUAUUUAGAUAAACAAUUAGAGGAUCCAAAUAUUGCAAACUACCGAAGAGAGGACAAUGCUGCUGAUGAGGAUGGCGAUGAUGUGACAAUAGAAGCAGAUUUUCAUCGAUAUGAUAGGAGUUUUCUUCCUCCAGGCCAUCCUGCGAAAGCUUUGCCUCCUAUUGAUUUACUGUUUUUGAUUGAUGCUUCGAGUAGCAUUGGAAACGUAAAUUUCGAAAACCUACAGAAUUUUUUUUGCGAAGAUCCGACCAAAAAAUAUAUUAUUGCUGUGUUGAAAAAUGUAGAUAUAUCAGCUGGAAGAAGCCGAGUUGCUGUUAUACUUUUCGCGCAAGAACCGCUUGUAUCCUUCGGAUUUAACAAAUACUACACUCAUGGUUCUAUCAUAGCAAGCAUAAAACGACUUCCUUAUCUUGGUGGACCAACUCAUUUAGCUAAAGCACUUCUUUUUGCGUCUGGUCUUCUUUAUCAUGAACAGAAUUUAAGAAAUGGCAAGCACAGGAAACACAAAUUCUUACCAACUCCCCGACAUGAUCGACUUCAGGUAAUAAUAGUAGUUUCUGAUGGUUAUUCCGAAGAUGAUUUCGAAAAAGUCUCACAUAUUCUUUAUGAUAAAAUGCACGUCAAAAUAGCUGCAAUGGUUCAUCGAACAUUCAGCCGAAGUAAGUUACUACCGUUAACAAGAUUCGAUGAAUCAAUUUUCUCUUUGGAUCAGAUCGAGGCAAUAAGUAUUUGGCUUUGGCAACAACAGGUUCGUUAUUUCUAUCUCUUGAAUAUAAUUUUUAAAUUUGAAAAUUUUAAAUUUUAA